UUUGUUCCUGAAUGACUGACUGAUUCGAGUCGCUUUAUUGGCUUUAGUCGUUUUCAUAGUUUUUCAAUUUAGUUUUGUGAAGCAGUUUUCUCUAUUUUAUAUUAAAAUAAUGAAACUUAUCGUUGUUUGUGUUGCAUUCAUCGCAUUGGCUUCGGCUGCCAAAAUUAAGAAGCCAAUUUCGGAGUACUUCACUGACUUUGCCGGCGAAGAAGAUAUUCACUUGAUUACCGGUGAGGAUGAUCGCCCACCAGUCAAUUUCCAAGGAGAUGUCAUGAAAGCAAAGACCACAAAGUUCAAUAUCAAACAAGUACAAGGAGGUGGAAAAUUCAACUACAAUUUCGAAACUGAAAAUGGUAUCAAUGUUGCUCAAAUUGGAAAACUUAAGGAUUCAAAGACUUUCGUUGUCAGUGGAUCAUACACAUAUACUGGUUCCAAUGGUAAACGCUACCGAGUACGUUACACUGCUGAUGAAUUCGGAUAUCACCCCGUAACAGAAUUGGAUGACCAACCUGAAGUCGAAAUCAAACUGAAACCAACAGCAGCACCAGUGCAAAAACUAACAUUCGCUCCAUUCACAUCGUUCUCAAACGGUAACAACUUCAAUAACGGCAACAACCAAAUCCAAAAAGAUGCUGAUGAUGGAUACGUGCCUGAUUUACCAUACAACAAACAACAACAAGGAUUGAACAACCAACAAACGUUUGGCAAUGAUCAAGGUUUCAAUAACGGCCAAAACGGCAACAAUGCAGCUUCAUACGGCUUCAAUUCAGGAAACACAUUUGGUAACACAUUCGGCAGCACUUUCGGUCAAAGUGAAAACGAUGGAUUCAAUGGUUUGAACAACGGAAACGGAUUGAACAAUGGACUUAGCAGCCGAUUCAGCCCAGACACACCAACCUUCGAUAAUGGCUUUAACACAAUCAAUGGAUUUGCUCAAUUCGAUCGCACUGGCAAACAUUUUGAACAAACCGAUCUUGUUUUCAACACAAACUUUGUUUCCGCUCCAUUCCAAAAACAAACAAAGCCAAAUCGUCUUUACUUGCCAGCCGCUCCAACUUAUUUGCCACCAACUCCAACCUUCUUGCCAUCAAUCGCAUAGAUAAUACACUUGAAUAAACAAUGCCAUAUAUACUAUUAGAAUUACACGAUUUUUUUUACACGAUU